AUGACUGAUUUCAGCAAGACAUCCCUGUCUCCUGUGGAAUAUGGACCCCAGUAUGGUGAUAUAUACAGUAAAACUUCGUCAUCAGUUAAUAUCUUCAGUGCUAGAGAAGAGCACAGCAUUAAGGCUCGUGAUAUUAUGUACAUCUUCUUCCCAUGUAUUAGCAUCAUUGGACUUGUGGGGAAUGGAAUUGUCUUCUGCUUUCUUGGUUUCCACAUUAAAAGGAGCCCUUUCACUACGUACGUCCUGAACUUGGCUGUUGCUGACUUCGGGGUCCUUCUGUUUGGAACUCUGCUUUCUAUUUUAAAAGUGACGAGGACAAGAGUGGUGGCUCUGAAUAUAAUAGUUCCCGUAUUCAUUUCAUCAACAUAUGGGGCUAGUCAACUUCUAUUAACAUCCAUCAGCAUUGAUAGGUGUCUGUCCGUCCUCUUCCCCAUCUGGUAUCGAUGCCACCGGCCACCACGCCUGUCUGCCAUCGUGUGUGCCCUAAUAUGGGCUCUUUCCUGCCUGUCCUCAGGAAGUCAAGCAAUUCUCUAUGGUUCAUGGUACAUUUUGUUUGGCGUUUUUUCCUAUCAGUUUAUUGUGGGUGCAGUUCUUUGCCUCCCUCUUGUCACGGUGUCCACUAUGAUUCUGUUGUUCAAAGUGUACUGUAAGUCACAGCAUCCUCAUAGAGGAAAGAUUUUAACCAUCAUCUUACUUACUCUACUUUGCUUCCUGAUCUUUGCUUUUCCACUGAAUGCUAUUUACACAGUCUAUUCUUUUACUUAUAAUAUAAAUCACUAUGUAAUAGCAUUUGGCUUAUUGUGUGUCUGUCUAAACAGCUGUGUCAACCCAGUGAUCUAUUACUUGGUUGGGAGAAAGAAGAGGGGUCAACAAAGGCAGAGCAUGAAGGUCAUACUCCAAAGGGCUUUCAAGGAAGAGGAAGGGCAGAGAGAGGAACAGGGCACCACAGCUCAGACGCCACUAUGA